AUGAAGGUGGUGACCAUCAAAUUUGCAGCCAACAGACAGGGCAGUUCCCAGGAUCUCUUUAAUAGUUCCAGCGAAUUCGCUGAGCAAGAAGAAAUUCAUUCCUGCAACCUCACCAGUGACCGAAAAUGUCAGUGCAAAAAGGGCACUUACAUAGAAGAAAAUUCCCCUGAGCACUGCCAGAAGUGCACCGUUGGGUGCCCCAUCGGGAAAGUUCAGGCAAGCCCCUGUACUUCCUGGCAUGACUUGAAGUGUGUCCCUGGAGGCACAGGGACCAGAACCCAUGAGGAAACUACAGUUUCUGGAAAGCCAGUGUCCACCAGCCUGGGCACUAGUCCUUCUCCCACUGCACACUCUGAAAACAUUUGGAAGAUUGUAGUCCCGAUAAUUGCAUUGAUUGUAUUGAUUUUGUCCGGCUUCAGAAGAGAGCAUGAAGUGUAUACCAGUACUCUCAACGAGGCUUUGGGAAAUGAGGAAUUGCAGAUUCCCCUGGGCCCUGAGCUGGAAACAGAAGGCCAGCAACAGGCAGGUGCCAUUGAACAAAGCCCAGGAGAAACACAGCCUCUUCAGGGGUCCCCAGGAGCUGAAGGCUUUCAGAUGAAAAGAAUACUUGUUCCAGCAAAUGAUGCAAACUCCAUUGAAACUUUGAAGUCCUUCUUUGAUUACUUUAUAAAUAUAGUACCCUAUGAUUCCUGGAACAAAAUCAUGCGGAAGAUGGGCCUGUCAGAUAAUGAGAUUGAAAUGGCCAGAAACAGUGCAGAGUGCCCUGCAGAGAAGCUCUACAAGUUGCUCAUGAAAUGGCUCCACAAAACAGGGAAGGGAGCCUCUGUCAACGUUUUCCUGGAUGCCUUGGAAGCAACACAGGAAAGAAAUGCUCGAGAGACAAUUCAAGACCAUUUGGUCAAUUCUGGAAAAUACAUCUAUGAAGAAAAGAAGGCAGACAGCCUUUGA